GGUAAGUCGCUCUCCUUGGUGCUGAAAUCGCUGCACAUCACGAUAAUGUAGACGACGAUGAGGCCAAAAUCAGCCCAAACACACCAAAAUGGACGACGAUCUAUUCCAGCUGAGACAACUUCCUGUUGUUCGCUUCAGGCGUACAGGUGAGAGCACACGCUCUCAGGAAGAUGGAGACAGCAGGCAACAGGAUUUCACGGAUAUGGAACCGGACGAUCAAGAGUCUGGGGCCCUCACAGACGCAGCCGAAGUCCCACGAGAAUUCGCCAAUCCCACCGAUGGUACAGAAUGUUUGACUCUCUUACACACACAUACCAUCCUCACUCACGACUGCCCUCUUUCUUGUACCCUUGUAGACACUUUCAUGGUGGAAGAUGCUGUGGAGGCCAUAGGCUUUGGGACCUUUCAGUGGAAGCUCUCCAUCCUCACUGGCCUUUCCUGGAUGGCCGAUGCCAUGGAAAUGAUGAUCCUAAGCAUCUUGGCCCCGCAGCUUCACUGUGAAUGGAGACUGCCAAGUCUUGAGGUGGCCCUCCUCACAUCGGCAGUUUUCAUAGGGAUGAUGAUCAGCUCAUCCCUAUGGGGAAAUAUUUCUGACAAAUAUGGCAGAAAGACUGGUUUAAAGAUGAGUGUGCUGUGGACGAUGUUCUAUGGGAUCUUGAGUGCAUUUGCACCUAUUUAUGGAUGGAUACUGGUUCUACGUGCACUUGUGGGUUUUGGCAUCGGAGGAGCACCACAGUCGGUGACCCUGUAUGCUGAAUUUCUGCCUAUGAGGUCCAGAGCCACCUGCAUCUUACUUAUUGAGAUCUUUUGGGCGUUGGGGACCGUGUUUGAAGUCCUUUUAGCGAUUCUGGUGAUGCCCACUCUGGGCUGGCGCUGGCUGCUUGGCUUGUCCACCAUUCCUCUCUUCAUCUUUGCCAUCCUGUGUUUUUGGCUUCCAGAGAGCGCUCGAUAUGAUGUGCUGACAGGGAAUCAGGAUAAGGCUCUGGCUACUCUCAAACGCAUUGCCACAGAGAACGGAGUGCCCAUGCCUCUGGGGAAACUAAUUGCUGCCAGACAGGAAGACCGUGGGAAAAUAAAAGACUUAUUUUCAUCCCAUUUUCGAUGCACCACAGUUCUCUUAUGGUUUAUUUGGUUUGCAAACGCCUUCUCUUACUACGGACUGGUGCUGCUCACCACAGAGCUGUUUCAAGAGGGGGGCGCAUGUGGAAUGUCCAAAGGAAACAAACAGGAGCUUCGCUGCAACUUGGAGUGUAAAUACCUUACUUCUGAUGACUAUAAAGACCUGCUGUGGACUACACUAUCUGAAUUCCCUGGCCUGCUGGUGACACUGUGGGCUAUUGAUCGCCUGGGAAGGAGGAGGACGAUGGCUCUGUGCUUUCUCAUCUUCUCACUGGCUCUCAUCCCCCUGUACGGCUGUGUUGGGAGAGUUUCCAUGAUGGUGUUAAUAUUCAUCGCCAGAGCGUUCAUUGCUGGAGGCUUUCAGGCUGCCUACGUUUACACGCCAGAAGUGUAUCCAACAGCAACCAGAGCUUUAGGUCUGGGAACAAGCAGUGGGAUGGCCAGAGUUGGUGCCCUCAUCACACCUUUCGUUGCUCAGGUGAUGUUGGAGUAUUCUGUGUAUUUGGCUCUCUCAGUGUACUGCUGCUGCUGCCUCUUAGCUGCCGUCGCCUCCUGUGCGCUACCAAUUGAGACCACAGGCCGGGGUCUACAGGAGGCCAGCCACCGAGAGUGGGGACAGGAAAUGACAGGCCACAACUCGGAGGGAAUCCCACACUCCAGCUCCGGCUCCCAAGGCUGAAGACACGCCGGCUGCUGUACAAUCAAAAGAAUCAACAGAAGCAGCCAAGAUACUAACCAUCUUUACUUUUUCCUUCCAUUCAGACGUGACUGCAGAGUCAAAUCGUCAGGCAGUUCAGUCUUUUACACAACAUACCUGUGUUUUUAAGUCAAUUAACACCACUGCUGUCAGUGUUGAGACCGUAUUAUUUGAGUGACUAAGAAAAAGCGAUUUUUUUUUUGUGUGUGGACAGAAGCUCUGUGAAGCUGGAAAAACUUCUUUCUGGGAAAAAGUCAAUGUCCAGCUUUAAUAAAUAACUCCCCUUCUUUUCCAAAGAGCCUUAAAACCACCUAUUCAUUUUGUUGCCAAGGAUCUGGAUCCAAGCAGAAAAGCUCUGUUAAUUAGCAUACCAAGCAUAGAUGUGUAUAGGAAACAAGAUUAUCCUGCUGAAACAAAAUCCUGCUAAAAUGCACCAUAUGUACGCUUCAUGAGACCUGAAUUGUUGGGGGUAAUGAUUUUAAAACUCAAACAUUCAGAGAAGGUCUGUUUGGUGUGUUUAGUUUAAACUACUGCAGCUGUGAAGGUGAGAAGAACUCCCAGGUCCUGUUUUUUUUUUAUUAAUUUCAUUUCUGUGUUUGUGCAGACGGGACUGCAUUUUCCAAAAAUAAGUCUUGUGAAAUUUAAGCAACUACAAUUCUGUUUAGUGGCAUCCAGCAGCAGUGAGGUGUUCCCAUUACUUAAAAAGCACUUUGACAGUAAAAGUUGGAUUUUUAGGGUCCAAUUUUGGCAAAGUGAACCCCCCUGAGAAGUAUGCAUGAACAAGCUACUAAAAAUUCACAUAUUUGAAUACCGUAAUAGAUGUAAAUGAGGCCUAAACAGUCAAAGCUGCAAACGGUGGCCUAAAUUUUACUGUAUAUCAUAAGUAAAUAAGAUCAUCCUUAAAGAUGCUUGUAGUGUCACGUCAAAGCAUCUCCUCUCAUAAAGGAAAAGCAGUACAUUCAUUUGAAAAUCUAAAAACUAUAACUAUAACAUUUGAUCGUGUUUUUUCAUUUUUAAACAAGCAUUUUUCCCCCCUUGAAUUUUAAGCCAUGGAUAAAACUGCAGUACUUUUUUUUUCUUAUCAUUUUGCAUCAACUCCUGAGUCAUUUUGAGUCUCCAAGAUGACAGGUUUCAAAGUGCUGAAAUGGAUACAUACAUUAUAAAGACCUGCACUGUGCUGUAUGUGUAUGUAUCUGUAUGUGUUGACAGAUGGGUCAUGUAAACAAACCUUAAGGCUGGAGCUAGCCACCCCCCCCAAAAAAACAAACAAAAAAAAACCCAGACUGCUCAGACCAGUCUCCUGCAGUCCAGCAUCCACCAGAAGCACUUUACAUUUUUUU